GAUCUCUCCCAGAGCCAAUCAACACACUCUCAAUCGUACCACUCGAGUCAAUAUGUCCGGAAGCAUCCCCACGUCCACGUCGGUCAGCGAGUCAGCUGUCAUCGACGCGUCUUUCAGCGAUGUCUGGCACCUGAUCAAGCUCCAGGACUUCAGCAAGUUCUGGUCCAAGCUCGACAAGAGCGAAUUCGUCAAGGGAACCUCAGACGAGACGGACAUCGUCAAGUGGACCUUCAAGGACGGCGCCGAGCUCGAGGUCAAGCAAGAGGAGCACUCUUCAAUCGACCACUUCAUCACAUACUCGGUCAUUACCUCCAAGCCUGAGCUCUCUUACUCUUCCGUCGUCUCAACUAUCCGCGUAUACCCCGUCACUUCCGGCACCCACGAGAACAAGACGUUCAUCACAUGGUCUGGCAACUUCAGCAGUGAUGCCGAUGCUAGCGUGAUCCAGGAUGCCAAGUUCAAGCGCCGCGAAGCCCUUGCCGACCUUGCCAAAGUUGUCUCCAAGAAAUAGGUUUCGGGCAAUGGAGGCCUGACUUUUUCAGAGGUUGAGAAAUUCAUGCAGUAUAAGACAUGUUAUGGUGGCUCGCAUUGUGCGAUUGGUUCGCAAUGACGAUGAUGAUGAUGAUGAUGAUCUGAGAAUCAUGCAGGCAAUGGACCCGAGUUCUGUAGUUUAGCAUAGCAAUACCGAUCAAGAUACAACGUUCAAGAAUCCUCC